AUGGCAGGACCUGAGCUCACAAAAACCACUAUCGCCACCGCCACCACCACAGCCACCAAAGCUAUGUCGAAGUCAUCGACAUCGAGCGCUAAAGCAGCACUUCGGAGGUUUGUUGGGGUUCGGCAAAGGCCUUCGGGGAGAUGGGUAGCCGAAAUCAAGGACUCUUCUCAACGUGUACGGCUUUGGCUCGGAACCUACGACACUCCCGAAGAGGCAGCAAGAGCCUACGAUGAAGCAGCUAGAGCCCUACGUGGUGAAAAUGCCCGUACAAAUUUUGCAACACCGGUGGCCAACCCUGACAAUAACUUGAGCCUUUUGGCUAACUCUUGUCCUAAUCCAAAUGGCACUUUUAUGCCUUCUGGGUUGUCCGAUGGACGCCGCAGUGGGGGGCAAGGGCUAAGCUUUUCUUCUUUGAAGGCCAAGUUAAGCAAGAACCUCCAAAGCAUUAUGGCUAGGAGUAGUGAUCAUCAUAACAAGUCCUCUAAAAGUAGGGUGAGUGAUCACUUCACUUUUGCAAGCAUAUUCCACUUCAGAAAGUAUCAGCAGUACCAAAACAACCCGGUAAACCCUUUGUUCGAUAUGAAGAACAUGGAGAAAGUGGUACAGCCUAGCAUCAUUGUGCCCCAUGCUGGAGAAACUAGUACUAGCACUAGCACUGACCCUUCAUCUUGGGAAAGUUCUAGUAUUUCGGAUUGUAGCGACUGGGGUUACAGCUUCAGGCAACCUGGGAUGGACUCUGAUGGGUCCGAUCUUGGGGAUGGGUUCAUGGACCAAAUUAUGGGGUGGAUGGAUAGUCCAGAUCAGAUGAGUAGCGGUACUGUUGGUGAUGAUUGUGAGGAGGGGUCAAGGAGUAAGAGGUUCAAGGUUUCUUCUUCUGUAAUGGUGCCUUCAACAUUUGCUGGAUCUCCAUAUAAUAAUUAG